UCCCUAGAGAGCACCGAUAAGGAAUAAGGACGACAGUCUUUACCUGCUUGGUGAACCGAGAACACAUCUACGGGUCGGGCAAUAUUUAAAACUAACUAGUCUGUUACAAAUUUUAUAUUUAAUAAAUGACAGCUUAUUCUCUAUUCGGUGAGAUUGGCCUAUGUGCCUAGUACUUUUACGGAUAUUUGUGUUGUGUAAAAGUGCAAGGGUCGAGUUUUAUGACUGUAUAUCAAAACAGGGGAAUUCAAGUGUUUACCUACUGAUUUAGUUUUGGCUGAAAUAUUUUUGUUAUAAUAUUUUAACGUAUUUUAAUUUAAGGAUAUUUGUAGUUAAAAACAUUUAUUGAUAUACGCUAAUAAUAAUUAAGUGUGAGUAAAAUGGGUCGUCGUAGAUCUAAGUCUUCAAGUUCCAGCUCUAGUUCAAGCUCAGAUGACUACGACUAUAAAAGAAACACUUGUAAAAAAGAUAACAGACGAAUAAAAACACAAACAAAAUCAAAAAGAUUGAUACCACCACCACGUGAAAAUUCGACUCAAAUUAUAAGAGUAGUGUCUUCUCCUAGUGAGGCGUCUACUUCAAAUGCUGACUCCAGAAUUGAAAGGCUUGAGGCUUUAGUUGAAAAAUUAAUUGAGAGCAACUCAAAUAGAAAUAUGCCAUCUUCUUCAAGGACUAUGGCUAGAGCAGAAUGUAUUCCAGAAUAUUCUCCCGGAAAUCCGAAUUUAAGUUGUGCUGAAUGGAUUGAAAAAAUAGAGCAACUUGCUUUGGCAAAUCAGUGGGAUGACCAUGUAAUUAUUUUCAAUAUGCAAAGUCGAUUGACCGGAUUGGCUAGAAAAUGCUAUGAUAAUUUAUCAAGUUAUGCUUACACUUGGGAUGAGUGGAAAACGCUGUUAAAUAAAAGUUUUCCUGAACACCGAGAUUUUGGGUCUCUUUUGGAACGACUUGUACUUCGAAUUAAAAUAUCAUUAGAAAGUUGGGAGCAGUAUUAUUUUGCAAAAAUGCAUCUCUUAAAUGCAUGUGAAAUUCCCGGUAAAAAGGCCGUAUCCUGUAUCAUUCAUGGUAUUUCGGAUCCCACAAUACAGGCAGGUGCACGUGCUGGACGAUAUAAUAAUCCUGAAGAAUUGUACGCAGAAUACCUGUCUAGUUUGGCUACAGAGGUAAUAAAAUCCAAAGACUUAGAUAGCCAAAAAUACGAUUCGAGAGGUUCAAAACGCUUCCACAAAGGAUCGGAAUUUCCAGUAAAGAAAUUUAAAGGGCCUCAAAUACAGAGUCAGUUUAAACCAGUUGCAAAAUGUUAUAACUGUAAGGGCAAAGGACAUUUUGCAAAUUCAUGCACAAAACCCAAAAUAGAAUGCGAAAUUUGCAAGCGUUUAGGUCAUUUAGCCGAGGAUUACCGUAGGAAGCUGUAAUGGACCGUUUGGAAAUAAUGCACUGGAGCACUUUUUAUAUAUUUAUUAAAGUUAAAACUAUAAACAAGAUUUAAACUGUUACGGAGUUCUCACUGUAAGUGUUUUGCUCUUCCUUCUGUCGUACAAUAUAUUCUCGUUUUAUCAAUAGGUACUAAUAAUUAUAACAAUAAUAUCUUAAUUGAUCAUCCAAAAUCCAACUUCUAUUAUGAGAAAGUAAAUAACUUUCUUAGAAUGACAAAACAACUUAAUUACCUCUCAUCUUCUUACAAAUUAAUAUUUAACUAUUAUACAAAGAAUGGUUUUAUUGAGUCGAAGAUAACAUUACGAUGGGAAAAAUACAUAAUAAAGUAAUUAGCUAAUCUAUAAGAACGAAACAAAUAUAUUAAGUUUUAUCCUUAAUACAAAACAAGAUAAAGUAUUUACUAAUCUAUGUGAAUGGGAAAAUAGGGAAAUACAGGGAUGUUCAAAUAAUAUGUAUGAUAUAUAGGUCGGCACAUUACACCUCCCUCCUUAAAAUGAAAGUUGGAGUUUUAACGAGAACUUUCUACUUAUCUUAUAAUGAUUAACAUUAUAUAUUUCUAAGUUAAAUAACUAAUAAAUAAAAUUAUACACAAUAAUCGAACUAAAUUUAGGAAUACAAUAAUUAUAAUAUUAAGUUUUAUCCUUAAUACAAAACAAGAUAAAGUAUUUACUAAUCUAUGUGAAUGGGAAAAUAGGGAAAUACAGGGAUGUUCAAAUAAUAUGUAUGAUAUGUAGGUCGGCACAUUACAAAGCCAUUGAAGAGUCAAGUAGUAGAAUCGGUAAUUCCAGAGGCCGAUUAUAAUAAAAACUAUUAUUUUGAUGGUUACAUUAACGGAAAAUGUAUUAAAACAUUCAUAGAUUCAGGAUAUGGAGCUGUUUUAAUAAGAAAAACAGAUGCAGACAAACUAGAUCUACGAUAUACCCCGAGUUCAAUGAUCGUAUCAGGGUAUGGUGGUGCAAUUAUCAAUGUGAUAGGUGAAACAAAAGUGUCGGUCAAAAUCGAUUUGGCCGAAGGAAAUGUUGACGCCUUGAUUGUGCCAGAUACUUCCCAAGACGUACCCGUUAUGAUUGGCUAGACUUUCCUUAACCAACCUGGAUUUCUUACGAUAGUGUCUGGGAAAAAAGUUAGGAUUGUGCCAGCUAAUAUGGACUUGCAAAAAGUUCUUGGUCUCCCUGCUAGGAAGAUACCUUUAUGGGCCAAGAACGAAACAGUGGUGCCGUGGUGCCAUCUACGAUGAUGUGUAUAUUCGAGGUGGCUUAAGACCAGUACCAGGCCAAGAGCACUAUGUAAAUGAAUGUGUAACAAAGGGGGAAGAUGGUUACGUGACCGUGGAAAAUCUGUCAGGAAAAGAUCUCCUGGAUAUUCCGACUUCCACGAGGACGUGGAGCUAGGUAGCGCAGCCGACUGUAAAAUGACCAGCUGGAUGGAAAAAACCACCAGAUGUAGGCUGCACUAUCAGUCCCUAGAGAGAACCGAUAAGGAAUAAGGACGACAGUCUUUACCUGUUUGGUGAACCUAGAACACAUCUACGGGUCGGGCAAUAUUUAAAACUAACUAGUCUGUUACAAAUUUUAUAUUUAAUAAAUGACAGCUUAUUCUCUAUUCGGUAGUUUGGACAUUUUAGCCUAUCGUUUAUGAUAUGUGCUUUUGUUUUGUUUUGACAAAUCUCGUUUUUAACAAUGUAAGUACGCUUUAAAAUUCGUUUUUAUUCAGCAUUUUUCCAACUUUUGAUAAGCGUAGUAUCUAUGUAAAUUGUGUCUUUUACUUUUAGUCCUCGACCUGAUGAUGCGAUGAUAUUGUAAUCGCAAAACCGGUCGUCAUAAUAAAAGGAAUUUCUGGUGAAAUAAGACCUUUAUUUUCUACUGUGUUUGCUGGCAAAUACCUAUAUCAAAAAAUCAAUGGUCAAUAAUUCGUUCAGAGUUUAACAAGCUUUUAGAAGUUCAAAAGAAGGAUGAUUUUUUUUUCAAAUAUUAAUAAAUGAACUUUUUACU